UAUGUAAAUAUUAUAUUUUGCAAGACAAGUGUUGUCUCGGCAUAACUCCUUCAGUCAAGGAGCCGUGCGUUGGCUGUUUUAAUGUGGAUUCUGGCCGAAGUUUCUUCAUGAAAAAAAAAUGAAGGCCGCGCUUUUUCUCUGUCUUGUGAUUGGUAUAAUAUCUGAACAUGUUUCAGCCAAACCAACGCAACCAGUUGCAGAACCGCACCACCACAAACGGACGAACUGCUUGCUCCUGACUCCCGAGAAAGAGAGGCAGAUAGAGCUGGUGGUGCAGCGCCUGACGGAGUUCCUCAACCAGCUUACAGCAGAAAUGGACCUCAUAGACCUGCGAGUUAUCAACCUGGAAGUGGACGAGCACGAUCACGAAGACAGCAGCGAAACAGUUCUGCAGUUGACCGUCAACGAUUGUGUACGCAAAGAGUUCGACCCUGAAGAGUUUUACGGCACUGACAGUACUGAAACUAAAGAUAAAACUGGCAAUGUAACUCAGAAACCAGUAGAAGCUUACACGGAUAGACCUGAUGUGGCUGAAUCAACUAACACUCAAGACCAGAAUGAGCCCAGCAAUUCAGAAAUAAAAGAACCGACUACUCUUACACCUGUUGAAUCUACUGAAGAAGUAGUAAUCAUCACUGAAGUUCCUGUGACGACUACUAUGCAAACAGUCGCUGAUGCUAUACCAGUUACCACAGCUGUUACUGAAAUAGACACCACUACUACGGAACCUCUUGUAACAACCACAUAUAGUGUUACUACAGAGAAGAAUGAUAACAAAGAUGAGAUAGUGACGUCAGACACAAGCACCGCUGAUGUCAUAGCUAAUUUUGAAAGGCCAAGAGAAAUGAACAAUGUUUAUGUGGAUUAUAUUGAUUACGAAAAUGAUAUACCGAUUUCAAGUUCUGAAGAAAAUAGUUAUAAUGAAAUCGAAGAAACACCAGACUCAAAUGAUGAAACUACAGAACCUACAGGCUAUUUCACAGAUCAAAACACAAACCAAACCGAUGAAGAACCUCCAAUUAGUUAUAACAAACGAGCAGUAACAGGAAACGACGAAGAAAUUAUAAACGAUACUCCCAAUACCGACAGCUAUGAAUAUGAAGACAUACCUGAUUCAACAGAAUCUUCUUCAGAAUAUAAGGAUAGUUCUGAGCUUCCAGAAGAUUCUAAUGAUGAUGAUGUACCACAAACACCGACCACAGAUAACUAUUCGAUAAUAAACACACCAGUAGUUGACGAUAAGAAUAACACCGACAUUGAUAAUGGCACUGGGGACAAAGAAAACAAUACGAUUAAUCAGACGACCACAAGCACAACAGAAUUACCAAACAUACAGCCUGUAACUACACAUCCUGAUGAUGGUCCAACUACUGAUGUUAGUCAAUUUAAUGACAAUCCCACUUCUACAUCUUCCACAGGCAACAAAGAUACAGAUACAGCUUCCUCGGAAAAUGACGAAAAUUAUAACGACGAUUAUGACUUAGAAUCGUCCGAAUACGAUGAUAUAGAAGAUAGUACAGAGUUAAACGACGAUGCUGAUGAAACAGGCACAGAAGACCAAGUCCAGAAAUCUGGCAGCGAAGUUGAAGAAUCUACUACAUCAACAAUACCUCAAGAAAACAUUGCGACUACAGAAACAGACCAAGAUAACAGCAAUGUAACACCAGAAAUAGUUUAUCUAAAUCUUGCCAACAACGGAUGGGCAUUCAUAGACGAUAUACGUAAACAGAAGGGUAUAAAUGCUCCCCCAAUUGUCAUUUUACAAGACACUCCUAAAGCAAAUCCAAUGCCAAACGCAAACAAACAAAUGAGUGACGUCACAGCUACUACAAGUGUUAGUAAAUCUAAAACUAGUGUUAGUAAAACAGAAACUAAAACGGCGACGUCUGACAGAAGUCCUAGUAAGCUAUACUACUUACAUUUGCCGGGCGCUGGCCAGCAAUACUUGAAGGAAAGAUCUAAGGCGAAAGGUGAUUCCCCUACCUUGGUUUACGUUGAGUCUGUGCAACCCAAUCAGACAACUUAUGUGUUUGUAGAUUGAAUAAAUGAUAAUAUUCUCAUAAA